CCAUGGUCAUCGCUGACCUCACUUAGCAUCUCGCAGUAAGGAAGCUUAGCCUGACACACACACACACACACACACUGCUGCCCACACAUCUUUCCACCUCUUCUAUCAGCUAUUCUGAAUUUCUCCUCUUCUUUCUUUCUUUCUUUCUUUCUUUCUUUUUUCUUUCUUUCUGUCUCUUCAUUUCUUCUGCCAACCUUCAUUUUCUGUCACCCUUCCCCUCUCUCUUAUGGAUGUUAGGCUACUUUUGCUACAUCUUGUAAGUGUGCAGCUCUUCCAUGCCUUCACAAAUCCAGGGUAACACUCUUGACUUUCGUAAAGCGAGGAUUGAUGGAGCAGGCGGGAGGAAAAACAAUGUCCCGACAGUGAGGAGAGAACCAGCUUGGCUUCGAAACAUGAUUGCCGGCUGGGACUUGAAUGAGUGACAGGCUGAAGCUAUCAGCUUCAAUGGCGUGGAGCAUCCCACCAUUAAAGCCAAAAGUGACACUUUGUAAAUGCAGGACUAAGCUAUCAGUCACAUGGUGCUCGACUGUUCCACUGAGCCUCCUUGUCUUACUGCUUGCUGGCCUCAGCACAGCUGGUCCACCCCAGCCAGCACGUCCGCCUCUCCUGUCCGGACAGCCUUUUAUCAUCUUCUGGGCCAUCUCAGAUUCCUCCUGCGCCACCAGGCCAGAUCCUGGAUCUUUUGGGAUGGAACGUGAAGGCCGGGUGGUGGUCUUCUACGAGGACACACUAGGAAACUACCCAUAUUUCCUGGACAAAGACACAAGGAUCAAUGGGGGUUUACCACAACACACACGGUUGGACAACCAUCUUCAGAAAACUCAGUUGGACCUAGAUGCAGGUUUGCCUGCCCCCAGGUACCUCGGGCUGGGGGUGCUAAGAUGGUCUGCGUGGCUUCCCCAGUGGUUGAGAAACAAGGAGAAGAAGGCUGUGUAUCAGGAGGCUUCCAGGAACCUCCUGAAGGCGUUCUUCCCUAACUGGACGCCUGAAGAAGUGGAGAAGUGGUCAAGGGUGGACUUCGAGGCAGCUGCACAGUCAGUAAUAAUGGAAACCCUGAGGGAGGUCAAACGCUUACGUCCCAAAGCAUUAUGGGGCGUUUCUCCUUACCCUAGCUGCUACAACGGGGAUGCCGCCCAAACUGCUUUCGCCAACUACACCAGCCAGUGCCCUCCUGCUGAAAAGGCUCUAAAUGACGAGCUUUUGUGGCUGUGGAGACGAUCCUCCGCCCUUUACCCUCUACUGUCCCUGGAGAAGCUACAGGGUGGAACAUCCGGAGGGAGACUUUAUUUGUCCAGUGAAAUCCAGGAAGCUCUCAGAGUGUCUUCUCUGGCUGGAGCAGCGUUCAAUCUUCCCGUAUUCCCACUGGUCAACAGUGUGUACGCCUCGACCAACACUUUCUUGUCACAGGCAGACUUGGUAAGCAGCAUUGGAGAGAGCGCUGCCAUGGGAACAGCUGGAGUGGUCAUCUGGCAGAGAACUGACACCAAGACAGAGAGAGAAUGUCAAGACCUGGCAGAGUUCAUCCGCAAGGUCUUGGGACCUUACUCCAUUAAUGUAACCACGGCAACCAGGCUCUGCUCAGCCUCCCUUUGCCAGGGAAAAGGCAGAUGUGUUCGUCAAAAUCCAGACAGCUCCGCCUACCUCCAUCUCCCACCGCCGCCUGACAUGACGGAGAAGGUGACAGAGAAGGCGGAAGCAGUAAAAGCCACAAGCCAGCCCGACCCUGACGCUAAGGCAGCUGAACCGGACCCAGCCGAGAUAUGGAAGAAAGACUUCCAGUGUCAGUGGUACAAGACAACAGACAGGGAUGUCUCAGAUCAGCAGUCCCCCAAAGACGGAACCUCUGUCGGUGGGAUGCUAGAACAAAUUUCCACAGAUCUAAGAGGGACUUCAGCCACUUUUACAGUAGACUCCAUAACAAAAGGUGCCUCUGUGAUCAAACCAAGCGGAAGCGGCUCGGCACUGACGGCUGCGAACCGUUACAUAAUCCUGCUGCUGCUGGUGACUGCUUGUUUGACUGUGGACUAAAGCACACGUUUGGACCCUUGUUGAAGUGCCUUUGAGGAAGAGACUGUUGACCAGUGCUGCUCUGUACCAUAACCUCUGGCCUGCUGAUGUCAUUCAAGUCUGCAUAGAAUGUUAUCUGGAUGUGCCAAUGCACAGCAGCGCUGAAACACUUGUCACUUUUAGGGAAUUCCACUGCUGUAAAUUGGUUUACAAGCAAGCUUUACAUACAGUAAAGGACAUUAUAAACAUCAUAUAAUAGCAGUUUGUGCCCACCUGCAGUCAGCCAAGUUUUUUGUAGGUUUGUGAAUUUUGUUAUCGCUACAUUAAAAGGCUGAGAGUGCAAACUAUUUUAGCAUUUUAAUAUAUACAUGUUAAAUACAUUUAUAAACUCGCCCUAAGCUUUUCAUCGAAUUGCUUCUAAAUUUGAGCCAUGAAUAAUAGACAUAUGGGUGAUGCUAGAUUAUCAAGCAGUUUUGCCUACGCAAUAGGACAUGGGCUGAGCAGAGUGCCUAAGUUUGACUUUGACAUAAAACUCAACAUAACUCACUUACACAAGGUGAGAUCUUAACCAAACCUCGAGUGCAAUGAAAGACCCACCUUGAAGAGAUCCUAAUGCCACUUAGGCCACAUAGUAGUGACAGGAAACAGAAAAAAACUAUUUGCAGGUUGACCGCUCAGCACGCUGAUCAUUCAUGAUUAGGGAUGCUCCGAUGGAUCGGCCACCCAUCGGUAUCAGCUGAUUUCUGUGAAAAAGCAUGCGAUUGGCUUAUGCCAAUAAAUGCCUUUCAACGCCGAUCAUCUGUGGCUAGUACUACUUGCAGCCCAUAGCGAUCCCUGUGUGCAGUGUAGUGUCUUAUCCUAACAUCUUGGGCAACGUCCUCCUCCCACUUUCCUUCACACUGCGCCACACUACGUGCCAAAACAAAAACAAGCAUGUCUGCCAUGUGGAACUUACCUGCCAACACAUGCCAUGAAAAUUAUCUCACGGCGUAGCACGUUAAAAAGCAUUUGAAGAACAAACACUUGUUUUCGAGGCUCACGGUGUGAUCAUCAGUCAACGGCAGAAGGCGUCUCAUUCUCUGUAAGUUUGACCAAUGAUAUAAACCACAUGUGUCAAACUCGUGCCCUGGAGGGCCGAGACGCUGCAGGUUUUCUCUCCAACCAGUUUCUUCAGCAGGUGAUUUAAUUGAUGAGCUCCUUCCCUCAAACUGAAGGUGUUGAUCAUUAAAAUCACCUGCUUUAGUGAUUGGCUGGAAAGAAAACCUGCAGUGUCUCGGCCCUCCAUGGCACGAGUUUGACACCCCUGUUAUACAGUAUUUUCUCUUGAAAAAGGAAGUCAAGUUUUUGUCUAAAUUAAGGUCAUUUUAUGGUUCCUUUAUUUUUAUCAUAUCAUUUUGCCAAUAGAAGGGGUUCAGCCAGGAAUUCUGGGCCCCAUGAAAAAAAAUAAAAAUAAAAGCCCCCCCCCCAUUAGAUAUUAAUUUGUAUUAACAAUUACCUCUCUUUUGGGUUCCAUGGCAGUCAGGGGACCUUGGAAUUGUCCUGACUUUUCCAUGUUAUACAGCACCGUUGGCCAAUAGCACUCAUCAUAAAUAAAUAGAAAAAUGUAUAAUUAAUCCAUGUGCUCGAUAUCGGACGAUUUCACUCAUGGAUGAUCAGUACUGGAAUCGGCAGCAUAAAACCCUGAUGGGAGCAUCCCUAUUCAUGAUCAUUUGUUUCAUAAGUACAGUAAUCCCUCGUUAAUCACGAGUAAUUGCUUCCAAACUCGACCAGGAUAUGUGAAUUUCUGCCAAAUAGGAUUCAAUCUGAAUAAGUGACAUUUUUGUAGUUACAGGAUAGAAAACCUGUUUAUGACUUCUACAUUGAAUAUUUACAUUAUUAGAGCACUCUAUAGUCACCUUUACACACACAUUACCCAAUAUAGUAGAUAUAAUGAGGGAAAAUAAGCCUCGUGCCCUUGUGUCUUUCAGUUCUGCAGUUCUGAAUACCUACUGUAUAACUCGAAGUUAAUGACCAAUUAACCAAAGGGACACUGCAAUUUAUAUUACGUAGCUGAGUAGUUUAAAAAGGGGUGGUCUACUUGUUGUAUAAACUGCCCUUUUUUGACAGUUUCAGUGGUGAAUGGCUGCAACAAUUGUGGUCCUUGACUGACAAAAUAUAAACAAGCAAAGUCCAGGGAUGCCAAUUUAAUAAACAGGUAACAUGAACCACUAGUUUUGAUUUGUCCAUCAUGUAGCAAUCACGCAACAUGUUCCACAAUUUUGCAGAGUAACCAAAUAAAUAACAAAAGAUAAAUAAAAGAUGCUAUACACGAAGCUAUACACGAUGCUCACCUUCCCUCAGCGAUGAAAGAAUGUGCCGUUAUUGCAUUUUAAUAAAAAUAGACUUUGUUUCAGUCCCAAAAAAAGUCCUUGGAGCAGUACAGUGGGGAAAAAAGAAA